AUUGUUAUGGAAACAUGCAGAAUGGAAUAAAACUACCCUGGCUGGAAAGAGAAACAAGUCUGACUCUGGUCCUCUGCAAUCGAGAUGGAAAGCUAUGCUGUCGAGGAUUUGAUCUCCAAAACAGAGAAUCAGGCUGGUUGCAUCUUCCAGAGAAGGAGGGAAGGUUCCUCUGUCUUGGUUUUAGGGAGCACCCUAUACGGGGAACAGCCCCUUCGCGUGCAGAAGUCAGGGGAAGAUUGCUACCGGCUGGCAGGAUGCCGGUGCAGCUGACGACAGCCCUGCGUGUGGUGGGCACCAGCCUGUUUGCCCUGGCAGUGCUCGGUGGCAUCCUGGCAGCUUACGUGACAGGCUACCAGUUCAUCCACACAGAAAAGCACUACCUGUCCUUCGGUCUGUACGGCGCCAUCCUGGGCCUGCACCUGCUCACCCAGAGCCUGUUUGCCUUCCUGGAGCACCGGCACAUGAGGCGGGCAGGCCGGCCACUGAAGCUGCCCUCCCAGCCGCGGCGCUCAGUGGCACUCUGUAUCGCUGCCUACCAGGAGGACCCCGACUACCUGCGCAAGUGUCUGCGCUCAGCCCAGCGCAUCGCCUUCCCCAACCUCAAGGUGGUCAUGGUGGUGGACGGCAAUCGGCAGGAGGAUGCCUACAUGCUGGACAUCUUCCAUGAGGUGCUGGGUGGCACCGAGCAAGCUGGCUUCUUUGUGUGGCGCAGCAACUUCCAUGAGGUGGGUGAGGGUGAGACGGAGGCCAGCCUGCAGGCGGGUAUGGACCGUGUGCGGGACGUGGUGCGCGCCAGCACCUUCUCAUGCAUCAUGCAGAAGUGGGGAGGCAAGCGAGAGGUCAUGUACACAGCUUUCAAGGCCCUUGGCGACUCGGUGGACUACAUUCAGGUGUGUGACUCUGACACUGUCCUGGAUCCAGCCUGCACCAUUGAGAUGCUUCGAGUCCUAGAGGAGGACCCCCAAGUAGGAGGAGUCGGGGGAGAUGUCCAAAUCCUCAACAAGUAUGAUUCAUGGAUCUCCUUCCUGAGCAGUGUGCGGUACUGGAUGGCCUUCAACGUGGAGCGGGCCUGCCAGUCCUACUUUGGCUGUGUGCAGUGUAUUAGUGGGCCGUUGGGCAUGUACCGCAACAGCCUCCUCCAGCAAUUCCUGGAAGAUUGGUACCAUCAGAAGUUCCUAGGCAGCAAGUGCAGCUUUGGGGAUGACCGGCACCUCACCAACCGAGUCCUGAGCCUGGGCUACAGGACUAAAUAUACAGCGCGCUCCAAGUGCCUCACAGAAACCCCCACCAAGUACCUCCGGUGGCUCAACCAGCAAACCCGCUGGAGCAAGUCUUACUUCCGGGAGUGGCUCUACAACUCUCUGUGGUUCCAUAAGCACCACCUCUGGAUGACCUACGAAUCAGUGGUCACAGGUUUCUUCCCCUUCUUCCUCAUAGCCACAGUCAUACAGCUUUUCUACCGUGGCCGCAUCUGGAACAUUCUCCUCUUCCUGCUGACGGUGCAGCUGGUGGGCAUUAUCAAGGCUACCUAUGCCUGCUUCCUUCGGGGCAAUGCAGAGAUGAUCUUCAUGUCCCUGUACUCCCUUCUCUAUAUGUCCAGCCUCCUGCCAGCCAAGAUCUUUGCCAUUGCUACCAUCAACAAAUCCGGCUGGGGCACCUCUGGCCGAAAAACCAUUGUGGUGAACUUCAUUGGCCUCAUCCCUGUGUCCAUCUGGGUGGCAGUCCUUCUGGGAGGACUGGCGUACACAGCUUAUUGCCAGGAUCUGUUCAGUGAGACGGAGCUAGCCUUCCUUGUCUCUGGGGCCAUCCUGUAUGGCUGCUACUGGGUGGCCCUUCUCAUGUUGUAUCUGGCCAUUAUUGCCCGGCGAUGUGGGAAGAAGCCAGAGCAGUAUAGCUUAGCUUUUGCUGAGGUGUGACAUAACCCUCAAGCAGAGCCGGAAAAGUGCAAUGGGUAAGGGAGGGAAGGGGAAUGGAAGAGAAAAGAUGGGGAAGAGAAAGAUGGGGUGGGAGGGAGGAGGGAAUGCUGUUUUAGUUUCUUAAGGGUCCAAAGGACAAAUCUGAAGUGCAAAGAAAGGUGACUGUAGUAUGGCCCUGGGCUGUUUUGCUUAGGGAAGGCAACACCAAUUCCAGCUCAGGGUGGUAGAGGACACAUGUUUUCAGGCUGCCUGUCUGCUACAUGGUGGUCUCUGGGAAAGAUUCCACUCCUGCCCCAGGAUCCAGAGGGAACUCAGAAGUGUGUUAAAUCAAACAAUAAGUUCCAAUCAGUAGCAACUUCUGAUAGGUAAGUGAGCAAAGCCAGCUGUGGGAAGGGGUUCUUUUAGCCCCAUUUGAACACAACCAGAGGUGGGGAGAGAAUUUGAGAUCUGGGCCAGCUAGUAAUGUCUCCCCCCUCCAUCAAGUUAUCAAUGCAAUAAGAUUGUGCCUGAGAUACAAGGCCCAGAAGCCUGAUCUCUGGGCAUCAGAAAACAGGGUACAGGAAUGGUGCUUUAUUGUGUGUACCCCAUUCCACAUCUCAAGGAUGAGCCAAACUAGCAGGGAGUUAGCAUUGAACUGCUUUAAGUGUACAUAAAUGUGAAUGUUAAAAGGGAAAACUUGCCAGGAGGAACAAAGGUUGGUAGUGGUGCUCAAGGCUAUGGGCUAUAUGGAGGCCUAUAUAGAUUCCACCUGGAAACUGCCUAGACAUCUAGAUGAACUUGUCUGCUGAGGAGAGAAAAUGUUUCAGUCAUCUACCAGGGAGAUUAAACCCCAACAUACUAAGAAAGGAAGUGAGGGCUCAGUAUUUCAACCUGUGUACUCCUGAAGUCCUCUUAAAUUCAGCUGAGUCCUAAGAUGGCCACCUCACUGAUUUCAAGUGAUGUAGUCACCUCUUUGCCCUCCUCCUCAUCAGGUAAGUUUCUCAAGGUGGCAAGUGAGUCAGCGCCUGGACUCUCACAGGCUCCUCUGUAACAGGCAAGCCUGCCCUCAGCACAUGGGGGAAUCCUACUAGGAGCCUCUGACCAAAUUGGCUACCAUCUUGGAACUGCUUGGGACGAUCAUUGGCAGCUGGGUAGCAUGCAUGACUUUCAGGCUACAAUUCUUUUUUUUAAAUAUAUUUUUUAAGAAAUAUAUUAAAUUUUAGAAAGGAAGGGAGAG